GUAUAAAGUACUUGUAGAUACUUCGAGCCCCUUGUAUUCAGAUACAUACUUAUUGGCAUGCUGCACAGCUGAAGAGCCGCUUCAAUCAAAACAUCGGCCAACUGGCGCGACCGCAGGAACAUUGAAUGGCCAACUGGGCGGAGUAAUUCGGUUAUGGCCACGCCCACCGGGCAAUUAUAAAGUCAAUUUGAGCUACUUUGGCAGGGGUCCUGCCAAGUCCUGCGAAAAAGUACAAAGAGUGGGGACUUCUAAUCAAUUUAGCAACGAGGCAACCCCUCAGAAGUUUGAUAAUUGCAUUGGGCUGCGCUUGUGAAAAGUUUGUUUUUUAUUGUAAAGAGUAAAGAGUGGGAAAUUAGAAGGCAAGCUACAAAAUUAGCCAUAUGGCGAAGAAGAAGGGGUUUUCCCAGGUACGAGCAUUUUCCGAUGCUUUGUUUUCCCCUCCCUAUAAAGCUGGCAAUUGCAUUCCCAUUUCCAUUUCCAUUUUCAUUUAACGGCAGCUGAGACCCUCGACUAUAAAACUUUAUCGACUUGUUAACUGAGCUUCGUAUCAAUAAAUGCCAACGUGCCACACAGACGUUGACAUGCCAUUAAAUGUCAAUGCCAAGUGCGUCUCAGGACACAUAUCCUGGAUCCUUUUCAACUUUUGCAUGAGUACGAGGGUGCUCUGCAGCCCUCAAGCCCACGAAAUUCCCGAAAUUUGCAAGGCCGUAUCGCUUUCAUUAGUUAAUGGAUUGUCCGCAGAGAGCAGCAUUCGCUGCUUAUCACAAUAAUGCCGCUUAUGCGAUGAAUGGAUAGACCCAUUUGAAUACAGUCGCAGUAGUGCAAUCUCAGCUGCACUCUCAACUCAACUCGAUUACUCGGAAAAUGCGUACUUCAUGUGCCAAGAUUCCGCAUUACUAUCCAUUCGUAAAGUGCAACUCAAGUAAAUCGGUCGCAAUGAGAAGCUAUCUGCUGCUGGGCAUAUUUGUGUAUUAUUUAUGCACAUUUGUGCAGAUUGAGGGCCGCGAUGAGGCGAUUGAAGAGGAAAACGACAGCACAAACGCAAAUACGCAGCUUGGAAACAUUUUGCUCUGCGACAAUUUUCAAAACUCUUCUCUGCAGAACAAAACGCGCUUAAACAGAUCAAGUUUGGGUCGACGAAUGCCAACUGAUCACCUGGGAAGAAAACGCAGUAACCAUCGGAGAAGAGUACAAACUAGUCGUCGCAACCAAACUACACGCAAACUUAAGUAUUCCACACAUAAAACUGCUUAAAUAAAGAUAUGUGUAUAUGA